AGAGCUUCAACCUAACAAACACCCCGAAAGCACCCUCCUCGUCCGCAAAACCCCUUCGCUCCUCCUCCCCCCUCGAACUCCUACUCCGCCGCCGCGGCGAUCUCCUUCGUCUUCGAUCGGGAUCGGGACGAAGCGUGGAGCGAGAGUGGCGCCAUGGGAUGCUCCGGAUCCGCUCCGAGAGGAGAAGUUAGACAUGUUGGUUCUAGCAAGCAUGAUUUCUUUGGUGCUGGGAUAAAUAAGAAACUCCAAAAGCCAAAGCCUUGGAAGCAUAAUCAACCAAUAACCAUGACACAACUCAAACAGAUGCGCGAAGAGUUCUGGGACACAGCUCAUUUCUAUGGUGGCCAGAAAGAGAUUUGGGAUGCACUCCAAGCUGCAGCAGAGGCCGAUCUAAACUUUGCGCAAACAAUAAUCGACAGUGCUGGCAUUAUUGUUUCCAAUGCUGACAUGUCACUCUGUUACGAUGAACGAGGUGCGAAGUAUGAACUGCCGAAGUUUGUUUUGAGUGAGCCAACCAAUUUAAUUCGAGACAGUUGACGGAAAAUGAAGAGAGUAAGAGCAUAUAGUUAGUUUGACAUUAGUGUAAAUUAUGCAAAGGGCUAUUCAUAACAUAUUUUUUGCUCUCUAUUUAGGUUCGCAUUAAAUUCUCCAAGUUCUAGUGAAAAUUUUAUAGUAAACCUUCUGUUUUUAUAAGAUUAAAGAUCAAUAAUUGCUCUUAGCCUUGGAUUCCAACUAUUUGGAGAUUCUUUUACCUAGCUCAUGUUUGAAUAUAAAUUUCUUUUGGUUGGACUUGAAAA